AGCAGCCAAUCGGUAAGCAGCUGGUAUGCAACAGCCUGUCUCUAGUGUCUGAGCGUUCCUUCCGGUCUAGAAAGAAAAGAGGGGGAAAGAGACGAAGAGGAUGUUUUACCACAUCUCCUUGGAACAUGAAAUCCUGUUACAUCCACGUUAUUUUGGGCCCAAUCUCCUCAACACAGUGAAGCAGAAACUGUUCACAGAGGUGGAAGGAACCUGCACAGGAAAGUACGGCUUUGUCAUUGCUGUUACGACCAUCGAUAACAUUGGUGCAGGUGUGAUCCAACCUGGUCGGGGCUUUGUGCUAUAUCCAGUCAAAUACAAGGCCAUUGUCUUUAGGCCUUUCAAAGGAGAGGUGGUUGAUGCUGUUGUCACGCAGGUUAACAAGGUUGGACUCUUCACUGAAAUUGGACCCAUGUCCUGCUUCAUUUCACGGCAUUCCAUUCCUUCCGAGAUGGAAUUUGACCCCAAUUCCAAUCCUCCCUGCUACAAGACAGUCGACGAGGACAUAGUCAUCCAGGAAGAAAAUAAUAUCCGACUGAAGAUUGUGGGGACCCGAGUGGACAAGAACGAUAUUUUUGCAAUUGGAUCACUCAUGGAUGACUAUCUGGGUCUGGUCAGCUGAGGCCCCCACUUCCUGGAUACCCUUCUCCUUGGUUUCUCUGGCCCAAACACCAUCCUUGGCUCCCUAAGGAAGAUCCUGGCCUGCGGCUCUCCUGUUCCUGUGUUUACAGCAUGGGUCUUCUCUCCGGCAGCUGGGAGAUGAAGGCUGGAAAUGUGUAGCUCUGUUUCCUUAUUAAAAUAUUCCUGUUUUGUG